CAGGGCGUCGCGAGCUGUUGGGGGGGCCGGGGAGCGGUAGUUAUGGCGACCAAACAGUUGGCCAGGCAGCUUGGUAUUCUUCGGAGAAGUUCCAAAUCAUCACCUGGUGAUCAGAAUCACAGUGGACCCAAACAGAGGCAGGAGUUUGACUACUUAAUCGUCAUUGAUUUUGAGUCUACGUGCUGGAGAGACGGCAGAACACAUUACAGUCAAGAAAUAAUUGAAUUCCCAGCAGUUCUAUUAAACACUUCAAAUGGAGAGAUAGAAUCUGAAUUCCACAUGUAUGUCCAACCUCAGGAGCAUCCAAUUCUCUCUGAAUUUUGUACUGAGCUAACAGGCAUCACACAGAAUCAAGUUGAUGAAGGAGUCCCUCUGCCUAUAUGCCUGUCUCAGUUUUCUAAAUGGAUUCAAAAGAUACAAAAGGAGAAGAAAGUUGUUUUUGAUUCAGUUCGUUCAAAUGUGGCUGCCUCUGGAGGAAAAUUAUGUGCUUUUGUUACCUGGUCAGAUUGGGAUCUAGGGGUUUGUUUGCAGUAUGAAUGCAAAAGGAAACAGUUGCGAAAACCAGAUAUUUUAAAUUCCUGGAUUGACCUCAGGGCAACUUACAAGCUGUUUUACUCAAGGAAGCCCCAGGGAUUAAACGGCGCUUUGCAGGAUGUGGGGAUCAUAUUUGCAGGACGGGAGCAUUCUGGGCUGGAUGACGCUCGGAACACGGCUCGCCUUGCCUGGCGGAUGAUCGGCGAUGGAUGUGGGAUGAGAAUCACUAAAUCUCUGGAUAAGGUUCGUGGUUUCUUUCUUCUUGGCACGUAUCCUCGAAGAACACAGACUGAAUUUUUGCGCGCAAAGCCUACUGAGGGCAGUCCUUUGGGAAGCAACGAUGGUGCAAAAACAUCAGAUUUGGACAAAAACCGGGACUGUGAAGGUACUGCAGUGAUUAAAGGUGACACUGGAGAAGGACAACAGGAGUCUGAGCCUGUGCUCUUGUACGGAAGCAUCCCCACUACAUCCAGGAAGGGGUCAAAACCCAGCGGCUACAGCCGUGUUCAAAGUUAUUCAACUGCACUCGCAGGCAGACUUGGCUCCCCAAUUGGCUGUCUUCAGCCACCGUCUUUUGGCAUCCAGAGCGGACUAAGCAACGGGCACCUGAUGGCUAAUCCCCCAACACAGAAUGCAGGGCUGGUGCUGGUUUCGACUACGCUUUCCUCCAUCAGUGUUUCUGAGGUGGAUGUAGGUACCACUUCCGAUUGUUUAUCAAUGUUGGCUGACUGGGAGGAUUUUGCCUUGAUCCCAGAAUCUCAACAUGAGCAGGGUUCCGAAUGCCCACAGUUCAAGGACGACUCAGACAUUAAGAGUUCACCCGUCUCUGGGGAGGGAUCAGAUUCUAGUGAGUCUGACACGACAAAUUUGCAGUAUGAAAGUGUUGCUGAAGUGACUCUGAAUGGGGACCUCUCCAAGUCUGUUGUGUACAAAAGCCCGAAUACUACGAUUUAUCAUAAAGGCACAGCUCCAAGUAAGCCUUCAAACACUUCUGUUUUUAAACUCCCGUCAGCAAAGACAAAUGCGGGUCCCCUGACACUGAGCGGAGCUCGCCUCGCAUCCUCUGCUUCUGAAGCUCCAAAGAGGAAGCCUUCCAGUCCGCAGCCCGUUCCCCCAGCAAAAAAGCCCCCCUUUAUCGUAUACGAAGAUAAAGGCGCACCAUCUGCUAACUCUUCCAGAAGUUCAGGAUCACCUCGAGUGCCCUGUGGCAUUUUAAACUCUUCCAUCAAUCAAAAAUUAUCUUCCAGGUGUGCAGAGGCAGGGAAAGUGACCCCUCCUUUAUGCAAGUGUGGCCGGAGGGCUAGAAGGCUCCACGUAUCCAAGGGCGGUCCCAAUCAAGGCAAAGUGUUCUACAGCUGCCCGACGGGAAAGCAGGAAGGGAGCCGAAAGGGCUGUGGCUAUUUCAAAUGGGAGCAUACGCUGCGACAAGAGAAACUCACGCUUCCUUCCCCCGCCUCCAGCCCUGUAGGGCUACCAUCUCCUGGGACGAUUUUGCAUUCACUGGGAAAUGUUCAAAAGAAAUGCCUGGGUCUCCGACCUUCGAUGCGAACCUAACGA